CCGAGCGAAGACGCGAGGCUGGCGAGGCGGCAGCAUUAUAGAGCCGUGCGAGAGUAUUGUACAGGCGGAAAAAAUCUCGAGUGAUUGUAAGAUGUCUGUAAGGUAAGAUUCCUGAGAUUCCAAUGACGUAAUGUGAAUAGGCUUUGUUUUGCAACGGACCAAUGGUAGCGCGCAAAGAUCGUGACGUCAAGUCCACAUGGUGCUUAUCGUGGACGCUUAGCAGCUUUGUCAUUUAUCGAGCGGAGGAGCGAGCAAGUUUGAGUUAUCUCUGAGGCGUGCAAUCAAAGGGCAAUUGUUGGUGCUGUUGAUGUUGUGCGAGAGCCUAUAUGGUCACUGAUCAGAGGUCGUUGCCCAUCAUUUUCUUCAAUGACUGCAAAUGCUGUUUUUAGUGACAUAUUUACCAUGCAAGCAUUUGGGGAUUUAACCAGUGAUUUGAAAUCAUUAUUUCUUAUUCAACAAUGUAAUCAGACUUGCUGCACCCUGUGUAACAAUCAAAUAUUGAAAACUACUAGCACUAUUGUCUUGUAUAUUACUUGUCCAAAUAUUCUGCCCACUGAAUUUGAAAACUGUGUUUCAGAAGCUGCUUUGCCUAAUAGCAGCCCACUUUUUUGUGAUGCAUGUCAAAGGCAUUCUGGUGAUAUUUCAGGUUUGCAACAUUUUGUUACCAUGCCAAAAUUUUUACACAUUGAAUUAUCAUCAAUUUCUUUUGGUCAAACUGUUCUACCAGCAAGUAUGGAACUCUUAGGUACAUUUUACUUAUUAAAAGCUGUUGUGCGGUGUGCAAGCCACCAUUUCACUAUUGCUAUAAACAAUGGUCGUUAUUGGUUUUAUUAUGAUGAUCUCUGUAGUGCAGUUCAGCAAUAUGCUACAUUUCAAGAUAUUUUGAAUGUUUACGCCAAUGGAUGGUAUUUUGCUGUUUAUGAAAGCUCUGUUGAUAACAUUAUUAAUAUACAUCAAGGCAUUGAUUCCUGUACAUUAAUGCCAGACCAUUCUUAUUCAAAAUUAGAGGAUAAAGAACGCCAAGCCUGUGAUGAUUUUGGGAAAGAAGUUUGCACACCCAGAAAACGACAAAGACCAGAAACAAAUACUGACAAAUUGAUAGAUAGAAAAAGAAAGCUGAACUUAAAUGUAGUAAAUCCACAUUUGAAGAAUUACAAAAUUGCUAAAAAAGCCAAAGAGACAGAGAGUGAAAAACUUUCUAGACAAAAAAAGCAAAAAGAAUAUAUGAGGGCAUACAGAAGGAAAAUAAAGGAUUAUGAGACAGGGGAGGAGAAGCAAGCACGAUUGAUAAAACAAAAUGUGCAAAAGUGGAACUCUAGACAGAAAAAGGAAGACAAUACAUUUGAUGUAAUUAAACCAGUAGGAAAAUUUACAGCUAAAAAAGCCAAAGAGACAGAGAGUGAAAAACUUUCUAGACAAAAAAACCAAAAAGAAUAUAUGAGGGCAUACAGAAGGAAAAUAAAGGAUUAUGAGACAGGGGAGGAAAAGCAAGCACAAUUGAUAAAACAAACUGUGCAAUUUAAGUGGAACUCUAGACAGAAAAAGGAAGACAAUACAUUUGAUGUAAUUAAACCAGUAGGAAAAUUUACAGCAUGGCAAAAAGUAGAUAAACCACUGCAUAAUGUUGACAAAGAAGCAUAUUUAUCUCAAUUUGACAGUAUAAACACUGGACCAAUUCAUGUACAGAAGUGGGCUAUCAAAAACAUGGAAGACUUUCAUAAUUCACUUAAAUUCAAAAUUUAUAUGUGUGAAGUUUGCCAUGAGGCAUGGCCAUUAUCAUCAAAAGGCAAAAAGAGAUCUCCUUAUAUGUGUUCAAGAUGUUCACGUGACAAGAAUGGAGUGAAAAAAUUUUCAUCUCAGAAUGGAAUGAUUCCUUCACAAGUCCCAAAUGAAUUGCAAGGUUUAACGCAAUUAGAGGAAAUGUUAAUAGCUCGUGUUUUCCCAGUAAUUUCUGUUUAUACAAAACCAGGUGGACAAAAAGCAUAUAAAGGUCAUUGUAUUAACUUCUCUCAAGAUAUCCAAGAGUUAGCCAAUUCAUUGCCAAGAAACCUAAGUGAAAUGCCAGUAAUAGUUGUGUCAGUCAAAGGCAAAGAUAAUACUUAUAAAGAUCUCACUGUGAGACGUGAAAAGGUCAGCUGUGCUCUGCACUGGUUAGUUCAACAUAACCCUGUAUAUAAGGAUAUCACUAUUGAUUAUGAAUUGUUGGCUUUCUUGCCUUCUGAUGGCAUUCCCACUGAGCUGCGUAAAAUUUAUUGUACUGAGAACAGUAAAGAUGAUGAAAUUGAUCCAGACAGAGGUCCUCUUGAUGAAAUACCUUUCAAUGAAGACACAGAAUUGAGUAGCACAAUUCUUAACCCUGUACAACUAAAGCCACAGAAGCAGCUGAUAAAAGAUGAGUUAUUACAAAACAGUAAAAUCAAUUGGCCUAAUAGGAAUUCAAGUCCUCUCAAUGAGUUUAAAAUUGAAUAUUUAGCUACUAUGGCAUUUCCUACUUUGUUCCCAGAUGGUAAAGGAGAUCCUACUAACAGUGCUACAAUGCGUGAUGUGACCCUUGGAGAUAAAAUAAAACAUUUGAUUAAAUUUGCUGAAUAUAAUAAUGGUAAAUGGGCUUAUAGGUUUGCAAGUCACCCACGGUUUGCUUAUUGGGCAUUCAACAUGAUUCAGAGGCACAGACUCCUUAGUCAGGGAAAUAUUUUUUUAAAGCAAAACCCUGGUGAAGCUAAGUUAACUGUAGAACAACUUCAACAAAUGCUUCAAACAAAUACGUAUUCUACUUUAAUGUCAAAACUUAUGCAUUAUGCUAAAAAUGUUACUGGUAGCAAUAGCUAUUGGCACAAAGCUAAAGAGGAUUUGCGAGCAACCAUUGCUCAAGUAGGACCGCCUACUAUAUUUUUUACUUUAUCUUGUGCUGAGUACCAUUGGCCUGAAUUUCAUGAACUCUUUUGUGACCCUCACUCUGAAACACUUCAACCAGCAAUCAGGCAGCAAAAUGUUCUUCAAAAUCCACAUAUCUUGGAUUGGUUUUUUACUGAGCGAACAGAUCGUUUUGUCAAGUUUUGGUUAAAAGAGUCAUUAGGGGCUUCUUGGCAUUGGUACAGAUACGAGUAUGCAGUUCAGAGAGGUUCAAUUCAUUGUCAUGGAGUUGCAAAAUUGAAAAAUGAUCCAGGACUUUGCGAACUGACAGAAAUUGCAUUGCAAGGUUUUUUAGCAUCAAAGCAUAUCAAUGAGAACAAAGGAAAUUUGUCAGAAGAAGAAAUAUUAGAACUGGAGACUAAGAUAAAUCAAGGUAUACAAGCAGAGUCUGUUGUUUGUCAGUAUGUUGACUUUAUACUAACAACUUGGAAUCCAUGUUCCCCAGAAGAAGGGUGGUCCAAACCAGAUUCUCAUCCAUGUCAAACCCAGUAUCUGUCUUUGAAUGGCAAACAAAAAGAGGAAGACUAUGUGAAUUUAUUAAACUCUGUUGAGAGACAUACAAUGUGCAGUACUAAGUAUUGUCUAAGGGAAACUAGCAAAAAUGAAUUAGCCUGUAGAUUCAAAUUUCCUUUUGAAAAUUGCCCAAAGACAAGAAUAGAUUUUGAACCAAUAAACACUAAAUCAGGCCAAACCAAGUAUAGAGCAACCAUUGUUACUAAGCGAAAUGAUUCAAGAUUAAAUCGUCACCAACCACUGCAGCUCCAAGGAUGGAGGGCAAAUUGUGAUAUUCAAAUUAUUAUAGAUUAUGUGGCAUGUUUGGAAUAUCUUGUGAAAUACACAUCAAAAGGAGAAAAAGCUUCUUCAGUUCUAAAUAAUGCAUUCACCAAUGUAAUUAGUAAAGCAUCGGACGAAAGUGACAUUCAUAACAUUUUGAAGCAAAUUAUGAUCAAAAGUGUCGGACAACGAGAUUAUUCAAUCCAAGAAGUUAUGCAUCAUUUACUCUCACUCAAAUGUGUAAGUGCAACACAUGAAGUAAUAAAUACAUCUCUUGAUGGUUCACGAAGAGUACAGGUGUCCAAAAAUAAGGAUUUUUGUACAAUCCCAUCCAUGUUGGAUAUUUAUGCUGAACGAGAGAAGUUUAUUAAGACAUUUCCAGACAUACUGACAUAUAAUUUUUUGCAAUUUACCUCCACAUUUGUAAGCAAAAACUCAAAACUGGAGAAAAGGAAGCAAGCUGUAAUAGUUAAAACUUAUCCCAAAUUUUCUUCAAAUCCUCAAAAUCAGCAGUAUGGGCUGUUCUGUAAAUAUCAACUGCUAAAAUAUAAACCUUGGCAACAUGUAGCAGACAAUGCAUGGGACAAUCUUGAACAGUGUGAUGAAACUUAUAAAGCAUGUUGGAUGAACUUUUUGUGUAGUGAUUGUGGGAAGAACAGUGUUCCUGACUGGGAAUUGCAAUUGAGCAGCUUAAAAGCAGCCAUUAAUCUGGAAAAUGAAAAUGAAAACAUGGAAAUUAUAGAGGAAGAAAAGGAAGAGUGGAUGUUUAUGUCAGAACUGAAUUUACAGGAGUUGAGCACAGAUACUGAAUAUAACUCGACGUUAGCUCCUGAAGGAUAUUGGCACAAUGUUAGUGAACAUUUUGACGAUGUUGAUCUACUUUCUGUUACUUCUUGGUUAAAUACUCAGAAAAAUAAAAAUGAACCAAGUUGGCACAUAUCAUCAAGAGUAAUAGAUAUUUCAAGUUUUAGUAGCGAUCAAUUGUUGGCAUACCAUAUCAUUCUAAAUCACUUCAACAGCAGUAAUGAACUGCCUUUGCAUCUACUUGUUAAAGGAAUUGCAGGUUCAGGAAAAAGCUAUGUUAUUGAUGCUGUAAGAAAUGUUCUUAAGGAAAAAUGUCAAGUACUAGCAUAUACUGGAAAGGCCUCUUUUAAUGUCAAGGGUGUAACACUGCAUUCUUUCCUCAAACUACCAAUUGGUUCAAAAAGACUCUUCGAAUUGAAAGGAAUAGCUUUGCAACAACUUCAAACUAAUUUACAAAACAUUCAGUAUUUGAUUAUAGACGAAUAUUCAUUUGUUGGCCAGAGCUUAUUUGGGUGGAUAGAUUGUAGAUGCAGGCAAGCUACAGGUUUAGCUGAUCAAGCUUUUGGUGGUCUUUCUGUUAUUCUGGUCGGUGAUAUAGCACAGUUAUCCCCAGUUGGUGAUAAACCACUUUUCCAUUCUUUGCCAAAAUCAGAAAAACAGAUUCAGGGUCACCUCAUAUAUAAAGAGUUCAAACAAGUCGUCACAUUGUCAGUGAAUCAUAGAGUUGAUGGCAAAACUAAUGCCCACAGCUGCUUUAGAGAUCUCCUCAUUAGAGCACGAAAUGGAGAAUCCACUUUGGCAGAUUGGCAGACAUUGUUAUCUAGAACUCCUGAAAAUGUAACAAAUAUUGAAGAAUUCCUAACAUCAUCUGUAAGGCUAUCCUAUCUGAAGGCAAAAGUUGCAGAAAUGAACUUGAUCAAAUUAAAAAAUCUAAACCAGCCAAUAGCAACAAUCAAAGCCCGUCAUUCUGGUGGUGCUCAAACACUUAGCUCUGAUGAAAUGGGAGGAUUAGAACCUGUCAUAUAUUUAGCUAAAGGUGCUAGAGUUAUGCUCACUAUGAACAUGUGGACAGAAGUUGGUCUUUGUAAUGGUGCACUAGGAACUGUAUUAGAUUUUGUAUAUGCUGAUGGGCAAACUCCUCCAGCCCUGCCUAUUUGUGUUCUUGUACAGUUUGAUGAACAAUAUAAUGGACCUUCUUUAACUGCAAGUGUUCCAAGAUGCGUUCCAAUUUGUCCAAUAACCCAAAUUUCACAAAACAUAGGUCACACAUGUGAAAGACAACAACUUCCUUUAAAGCUAGCAUGGGCUAUGACUAUUCACAAAAGCCAAGGUCUGACUCUUAAAAAAGCAUGGAUAGAUCUCGGCCCUUCAGAGAAUUCACCUGGUAUGACAUAUGUGGCUCUUAGUAGAGUAAAAAGACUCCAAGAUCUCAUAAUUGAGCCAAUGACAUUUGAAAGGUUGCAAGCUUACAAAAAAUCAAAUUUUUUGAAAUAUAGGUUAAUUGAAGAAAAGAGACUUGAUUCUUUAUCUCUAAAUGCUUCUAAAAAUGGUCAUCAUGAGUAACUUUGACUUAAUACAGUAAGCAUGUUC